AUGUGGGAUCAGGGCUGCCACCUGUAUGCCGCCACUGCACCUGCUAGCACGGUGAUUCGGGCCGUCAAGUCUUACUCGGUUUAUCGUAAGGCCAAAUCAGAAGCGUUAGCUGUAGAUGACUUGCAUGAAAACCCAAUGUUAGACCUGUUUAUGAUGCGGGAAUAUGAGGAGAAGUCAGCAGACGAUAGAUAUAUUCAACAUGUAUCACAUCCAUUUGAGGUGAUGAUGUACAGUAAAGAGGUGCUACAACUGUUGGCUAGGGAAAAAGCUGAAAUGGCUUCGUCAGAUUUUACGCUACAUGUUGAUGCUACUGGGUCCGUUGUACCUGCUUCUCAAACCAAUUCUCUUGAUGACUUAGCUAAAUUAGGUGACCAAAUAGCUGAACUAUCAGCUGUCGACAACUACGUUUGUGCUCAAGGAGAUGUUGCGCAAUCUAGUGAUCGGAUUGCCAACUUAGAAAAACAAGUCAGCGAACUAACUCAGUCUAUUGAUGGACUUCUUAAGUUAAGUAAACGCAACUUCCCAGUCAAACAUAAGAACAAUUACUAUCCUAAAGAGAGAAAUGAUCAAGAAUCUAAGAAAGCUUUUGAGGAUGCAAAGGGCCAGCUAGUCAAUGCCACACUUCUAGCACACCCAUCUCCUGAUGCUCCUUUAGCUCUAAUGGUCGAUGCAUCAAACUUCGCUAUAGAGCUGUGUUGUGACACAAGUACUGGAAGACUACGACCAUUUAUUCCUCAGCAGUUCAGAAAACAGUUAUUUGACUCCCUUCACAACCUGGCACAUCCUGGAAUCAAAGGAUCUCUGGACCUUAUUAAACAACGUUUUGUUUGGCCUUCCAUGAAUAAAGAUGUCAGACUUUGGGCCAAAGCAUGUGUAGCUUGCCAGAAAUCAAAGGUUUGGAAACAUACUACUUCUGAGAUUGGAGCUUACAACAUUAAUGGACGUUUUUCUCACAUUAAUGUGGACAUAGUUGGACCCUUGCCACCUUCUCAAGGAUUUACGUACUUGCUAACUAUCAUAGAUCGCUUUACACGAUGGGUCGAAGCAACGCCUAUCAAGGAUAUUACUGCUGGAACAGUUGCAGAAGCUCUUCUUUCUACCUGGAUUGCUAGAUUUGGAGUUCCUCAAAACAUUACUACAGAUAGAGGAAGACAAUUCGACUGCAAUUUAUUUCAGGAAUUAACAAAACAUCUCGGUAUCCAUCACAUUAAAACUACAGCGUAUCACCCUGAAGCUAAUGGAAAGAUCGAGAGAUGGCACCGACAUCUGAAAUCUGCAUUAACGGCUCAACUCACAUCUAACUGGACACAGACGUUACCAAUGGUUCUACUGGGACUAAGAUCUUAUAUUAUUCCAGAACACAAUGUUACUGCUGCAGAAAUGACACUAGGUCAGUCCAUCAGAUUGCCAUGCGAUCUUUUUCAAACUACAGAAGAUACCUCAACAAAUGUUCCUGAUUUAGUGUACAAUCUGAAAAGAAAAAUGAAUGAUCUCAAACCAAUAGAAGCCAAAUACCAUUCUUCUAAGAAGGUCUUUGUUCAUCCAGAAUUAAGAACAUCCAACCAUGUUUUUGUUCGUCACGAUUCAUCCCGAAGACCGUUGCAAGCUGUCUAUGAUGGCCCUUACCAAGUGGUUUCGCGAUCUGACAAGUGGUUUACUAUUCUUACUCCACGAGGACCUACGUCGAUUUCUAUUAACCGACUCAAACCGGCAUUCCUCCUUCAAGAUUCUAUGAACGAUACGACCAUUAACGUAAGAAAAAAUGACAUGCAACCUAGAGAAACUCAAGUAGACAAGACCAAAGACAGAAAUGAAGAUGUUGACCUUAAAAAAACACUGAUUUUUACAAGAUCAGGUCGUAGUGUUCACCCCCCGCAUCGUUACGUUCCUCGUUGA